UCGCAUAUACGAAUGCGCAAAUCCCACGACAACGAGUUCCUGUAUGUUUUUAUAGCAUUAUAUGCAUUUAUCAAGGGCUUUGAGUGUUGUAGACCCAUUAUGGUGGUAGACGGGAGCCACCUUAAAACAGCAUACAACGACACAUUCGUUUCAGCAAGCACACUAGACGGUGCAGGCAAUAUACUUCCCUUAGCAUAUGGUGUGAUAGAUUCUGAGAAUGACAGGUCUUGGACGUUGUUCUUUGAGCGGUUCAGAGAAGCCUAUGGAGUUAGAGAGAAUAUGUGUAUCGUAUCCGAUAGGCAUGAAAGCAUAAACAAAGUUGUAUGUCUAACUUAUCCAAAUGUUCCGCAUUACUCGUGCAUAUGGCAUUUGUGGGGUAACGUAUGUAAGAAUUACAAGAAGAGUAAAGAUGUUUUGAGUCCAGUGUUUUAUGCAAUGACAAAGGCAUACACACGGGAAGAAUUUGAUGAGUUGAUGGCGAAGGUUGUUAAGGCAGAUAUUCGGGUGGCAGAGUAUUUGGAAUUAGCUGGAAGAGAAAAGUGGGCUAGAGUGUAUGCAUCUGUUAACCGAGGAUGGACCAUGACUUCGAACAUAGCAGAGUGUAUCAAUCGUCACCUUGUAGCGGCAAGAGAACUGCCUAUAUUUGAUUUUCUUGAAGAAGUUAGGAAGAUGUUUGGGAGAUGGAAUUACACUAACCGGAGGAACGAUACAUACACGUUCACAACACUCUCUAAAAAGUUCCAGGAGAUGCUGUCAAUAAAUGAGUAUCUAUGUUUACGUAUGGCGGUGGAACCAUCAGCCGAAUACGUGUACCCGACAGUCCAUGAUGGAGGAAGGCGUUUCGUUGUUUGCUUGAAAAACAAAACUUGCAGUUGUCAUAUGUUUCAAAUAGAUGAAAUUCCUUGCCCACAUGCUUGGGCUGUCUUAAAAAAGAAAAAUCUAAAAGCUGAUGAUUAUUGCUCAGAAUUGUUCAAACCACAGACUGUGAUGAAAACAUAUGAUAUACCUGUAAAUCCUCUCCCUGGUGAGCGUGAAGGGAAGAUUCCCACAUACAUCUCGGAGGAUGUAGUUUUGCCACCAAGAUACAAGAAACCACCCGGUAGGCCGAAGAAGAAGCGUGAUAAGCCGUUAAGGGAAUUGCUUAUUGGUAAAAAAAAGACAUGCUUGCGGCACUUGUGGACAGCUGGGACACAAUAG